UUGAUGGAGCCAGAGGGAAUGUGGAAGCAUGUGGAAUGACAUAGCUUGUCUAAAGUCUAAACAUUUAUUUUUAUCUUUAUUUUUUCCAAAACACACAGACACAAAUACAUGUAUACACAUUCACUUACAGUCUCCUCUCGCCCUGCAGAAUGAGCACCUUCAACACCGAGAAUGCUUCCACCCUGGAGAGUGCCAUGCAGUUGAUGAUUCAAACCUUCCACAAGUACUCUGGCAACGAGGGAGACAAGUACACCCUCAGCAAAGCCGAGCUCAAAGAGAUGCUCACGGCAGAGCUGGGCAACUACCUCGGGAACGCCCAGGACAAAGAUGCAGUGGAAAAGGUGAUGGGUGACCUGGACGGGAACAACGACGGUGAGGUGGACUUCACCGAGUUCAUCAUUCUUGUCGGGGCACUUACCGUGGCCUGCAAUGACUUCUUCCAGGAGUACCACCAAGACGACAAGAAAGCCGCCAAGACGGAGUAAAUGAAGAACAUCCACCUCAGUCUGUAUGUUAAGACAACAUGACCAAUUCGAAGGGAAAGGACGGAGAGAGAGAGAGAGAGAGAAAAGAUAAUAGCGGUAUGUGCGUCUGAUAUCAACACCGAGUUUUCAACCAUACCAUAAUCUUAUCACAGCGGUUAACAGAGCAGGCUCGUGGCAUACAUGAUAAGCAAAAGCAAAUCCGCUUUGUUAGAUGAAUGAAUUGUUUUAGGGAAUGAAAUUUCAAUGACGGUCAUUGUUGAAUUUGUGAAUAUUUUCUCUUGCUUUUCAUUCGUUAUUUUUUAAACCCAUUUGUUUGUUAAUUUAACCUUUUUCUCUUCAAAAGAAUAAAGUAUCUAAGUUCCAAGCAAAUGCAGAGUGUCGCCUUUGUUUUCUUUUUUUUAAAUUAUUAUUUAAAAUGUACGCCUAGUGUGGCCUGUUAGAAUGUACCUGGGAAAUGAAUGCACGCACCAAAUGUGUUGCCACAUGCAGCUUUUCAUGUGUUCUAGCACUAGAUGGCGAUGUUGGACUAUUGAGCUUACACUUCAAAUAAGAAAACGUCAUAGGCCAUUAGCCAAUGCACAUACUG